AUGUCGCGUCGUUCUGUUAGAAGAUCAAUAAACCUAGACUCGAAAACUAGAAAUGAACUACGUUCGGAUAUUGCGUCACAAGGUCCCAAACUAGACAAUGAAGGAAGGGUCGGUUCAGGAGUAGAUGAUGAAGAGUCAAGAGAAGAAGAAGAAGAAGAAGAAGAAGGAGGAGGAGAAGGAGAAGACGAAGAAGGAGAAGAAGGAGACAACGAAAACGAAGAAGAAAUAACUAGGUGUAUAUGUGGACUAGACGAAUUGCAAAGCAACUUAAUUAAUCCGGAUUUGGCACAACUAUUGAAAAAGGAGUUUAAAAUAGAAAUCGAUCUGGGAUUAUUCAUCCAAUGCGAUAAAUGUGGUGUAUGGCAACACGGAUAUUGUGUUGGAUUAUAUGAAAGUGAUGAUGUUCCUGAUAAGUAUUGGUGUGAACAGUGUAAACCAGAGUUGCAUACAGCUGUUAAAAAUGACUCUUACCUGGUUAGAACUCUAUAUAAGCCAGUCAAUGAUAAGAGAAGAAAGAUUGAACAAUUUGGCUUAAAUGAACAAGAUGACAAUGAGGAGAUAAAGUCUGAAUAUCAUCAUCAUAACAACUCGGGAGGCAAUGGCGCUAGAAAGGGGAAAAGAAAUGAAAAAUCUCUCAAUACUACGCUUCAAGUAACAACAACAACAACAACAAUAACAACAACAACAACAAAGGAAAAACGAAAAGAAAGGAGAUUACAUCAUCAACACAAAGAUGAAGAGGAAUAUGAUAAGCAGUUACAAAAAGCGUUGAGAGAAAGUGCCAAAGAAUCGGGACUAGUGGCCGAUGAAUCAGAUACAGGGCGCGUAUCUCCCAGGAAAAGAACAAGUAGGAAUGGCACUUCUUCUGCAACUUCAAAUUCAAAUACUAAAAAUUCCGCUGAACCAAGUGAUGGAACAGAAUCAAGGCCUAAACGGUUUAAAUUGGACACUGAUGCAGAAACUGAAGUUAAUAAUAGUAGCAACAACAAUAACAACAGUACUAAUAACAAUAGCAAUGGCAGUAUUAGUAGUAGUAGUAGUAAAUCCGAGAUAAAAUCGGAAUCACUAACAUCAAGGAGCAAAUCGAAAAGGAAGAUAAAAGAAAACAAUAUUAAAAGUAGUGUCACCUCAUCGUCAUCUUCAUCCUCAGUACUGUCUGUUUCAGGGAAAAACAAUUCCAAACAAGUUGAACAGUCUACAAACAAAGACGAGCUAAUAAAAUCAUCUUACAAACCUCGAUAUGUUAGCAGUAAAUCAACUAUUUAUGAUCUUCGCAAACGCACAAGUGCAAUAAUUGAAUGGAUAGCGAGAACUCAACAAGAUCUACAAGAGGAAAAAUUGCAUAAAUUGGAAUUGUAUUCCUUUGCUCCGGAUACAGAAAAGGCCAAGGAGGAGAAAACGGUAAUGGAGCUGACUUUUAAUGAGCAAGGAGCAAUGAUCGAUAAAUUACGAAAUAUGAUCAAUGAGUGGGAACUGAAAUUUGGCAAGUAUGCUCCUUGA